AUGGGGGACAAAAAGCAGCAAGGGAUUAAAUAUCCCUUCUGGUUUGGAGGCGCUAGUUCUAUGUGGGCUGCCGUAUUCACACAUCCACUCGAUUUGAAUAAAGUACGAUUGCAGACGGCAAAGAAGGUUGGAAAUGGACCCAAGCCGGGCAUGGUCGAUACGUUUCGAACAAUAUUCAGAAAUGAAGGAUUCCUUGGACUAUACAGCGGGUUGACGGCUUCGCUCUUACGGCAAGCUACUUAUUCGACCGCCAGAUUUGGAAUAUACGAGGAAUUGAAAGGGAUGGUUAAGAAGCCUAACAAGGAGCUUCCAUUACCCACGUUAAUCGCAUUAUCGAGUACCAGUGGAUUCAUAGGCUCUAUAGCCGGUAACCCUGCCGAUAUCAUCAAUGUUCGCAUGCAACAAGACGGCGCUCUCGAACCCUCGAAACGGCGAAACUACAAAAAUGCCAUCGACGGAAUCAUCAAAAUGGUUAAAAGCGAGGGGAUUACAUCACUAUUUCGAGGUGUAGGACCGAACAGUGGACGUGGAGCACUUAUGACGGCCAGUCAACUUGCUAGCUAUGACGAAUUUAAGAUGUUAUUGCUGGGUACUGGGAUGUUUGAAGACAAUCUCAUGACACAUUUUGUUGCAAGUACGAUGGCCGGAGGAGUUGCGACUUUGAUAUGCUCCCCAGUUGAUGUGGUUAAGACGAAGAUUAUGAGUUCACAUGAUCCUGAUGGUAUUCUUCAUCUACUCAAGGAGACGACCAAGAGGGAGGGUAUGACAUGGGCUUUUAAGGGGCUUUUGCCAUCUUUCAUUCGAUUAGGCCCCCAUACCGUCCUAACAUUUGUUUUCUUAGAACAGCAUAAGAGCAUUUGGAAGGCAAUCUACACUCCUCAAGAAGAAAGACUAUCCUAA